CAAACUCCGUGAACGUUUUUUUGUUUUUGUUUUUGUUUUUUGUUUUUUGUUUUUUCUUGCUCGGGGCUUCCGAAUAUGUUUUAUGACGGUUGAUUUUACACCAGGAGGUUUGUCUCCGAGGAAGACCCAGGGAACUGGAUAUCUAGCAAGAACUUCCUACGGCUUCCCCGGCGCCUCGGGAAAAUGGGAGCUGCUGCAAAGUUGGCGUUUGCUGUCUUUCUUAUCUCUUGUUCUUCAGGUGCUAUACUUGGUAGAUCAGAAACUCAGGAGUGUCUUUUCUUUAAUGCUAAUUGGGAAAGAGACAGAACCAAUCAAACUGGUGUGGAACCCUGUUAUGGUGACAAAGAUAAACGGCGACAUUGUUUUGCUACCUGGAAGAAUAUUUCUGGUUCCAUUGAAAUAGUGAAACAAGGUUGUUGGCUGGAUGAUAUCAACUGCUAUGACAGGACUGAUUGUAUAGAAAAAAAAGACAGCCCUGAAGUAUAUUUUUGUUGCUGUGAAGGCAAUAUGUGUAAUGAAAAGUUUUCUUAUUUUCCAGAGAUGGAAGUCACACAGCCCACUUCAAAUCCAGUUACACCUAAGGCACCAUAUUACAACAUUCUGCUCUAUUCCUUGGUGCCACUUAUGUUGAUUGCGGGGAUUGUCAUUUGUGCAUUUUGGGUGUAUAGGCAUCACAAGAUGGCCUACCCUCCUGUACUUGUUCCAACUCAAGACCCAGGACCACCCCCACCUUCUCCAUUACUUGGUUUGAAGCCACUGCAGUUAUUAGAAGUGAAAGCAAGGGGAAGAUUUGGUUGCGUCUGGAAAGCCCAGUUGCUCAAUGAAUAUGUGGCUGUCAAAAUAUUUCCAAUACAGGACAAACAGUCCUGGCAAAAUGAAUAUGAAGUCUACAGCUUGCCUGGGAUGAAGCAUGAGAACAUAUUACAGUUUAUUGGUGCAGAAAAACGAGGCACGAGUGUUGAUGUGGAUCUUUGGCUCAUUACAGCAUUUCAUGAAAAGGGUUCACUGUCAGACUUUCUUAAGGCUAAUGUGGUCUCUUGGAAUGAACUGUGCCAUAUUGCAGAAACUAUGGCUAGAGGAUUGGCAUAUUUACAUGAGGAUAUACCUGGUCUAAAAGAUGGCCACAAACCAGCAAUAUCUCACAGGGACAUCAAAAGUAAAAAUGUGUUGUUGAAAAACAAUCUGACAGCUUGUAUUGCUGACUUUGGGUUGGCAUUAAAGUUUGAGGCUGGCAAGUCUGCAGGUGAUACCCAUGGACAGGUUGGUACUCGGAGAUAUAUGGCCCCAGAGGUAUUAGAGGGUGCCAUAAACUUCCAAAGGGAUGCAUUUUUGAGGAUAGAUAUGUACGCCAUGGGAUUAGUCCUGUGGGAACUGGCUUCUCGCUGUACGGCUGCAGAUGGACCUGUAGAUGAGUACAUGUUACCAUUUGAAGAGGAAAUUGGCCAGCAUCCAUCUCUUGAAGACAUGCAGGAAGUUGUUGUGCAUAAAAAAAAGAGGCCUGUUUUAAGAGAUUAUUGGCAGAAACAUGCUGGAAUGGCAAUGCUUUGUGAAACGAUAGAAGAGUGUUGGGAUCAUGAUGCAGAAGCCAGGUUAUCAGCUGGAUGUGUAGGUGAAAGAAUUACCCAGAUGCAAAGACUAACAAAUAUCAUUACCACAGAGGACAUUGUAACAGUGGUCACAAUGGUGACAAAUGUUGACUUUCCUCCCAAAGAAUCUAGUCUAUGAUGGUUGCACCAUCUGUACACACUGAGAAACGGGACUCUGAACUGGAGCUGCUAAGCUAACAAAACUGCUUACAGUUUAUUUUCAGUGUGAAAUGAAUAGGAUGCCUCCUGGAAAUGUUAAGCGAGCAGCCCCCUGUUGAAAAGUGUGGCGCUGGGAGACUCACUGCAUUGCCUGCAGCACAGAUGUGAAGGACAUGAGACUAAGAAAAGUUGCAGACUUUAUAAACAAACUUUUGAAAAAAAUGUACAUGAAGAAUGUGGCCCUCUCCAAAUCAAGGAUCUUUUGGACUUGGCUAAUCAAGUGUUUGAAAGCUGACAUCAGAUUUCUCAAUGUCUGUCAGAAGACACUAAUUCCUUAAAUGAACUACUGCUAUUUUUUUUUAAAUCAAAAACUUUCAUUUCAGAUUUUAAAAGGGUAACUUGUUUUUAUUGCAUUUGCUGUUGUUUCUAUAAAUGACUAUUGUAAUGCCAAUAUGACACAGCUUGUGAAUGUUUAGUGUGCUGCUGUUCUGUGUACAUAAAGUCAUCAAAGUGGGGUACAGUAAAGAGGCUUCCAAGCAUUACUUUAACCUCCCUCUCAACAAGGUAUACCUCAGUUCCACGGUUGCUAAAUUAUGAAAUUGAAAACACUAACAAAUUUGAAUAAAUCGAUCCAUGUUUUGUAACAAGGUAUUACAAAUUCACUGUGUUAUUUAAGAAAAAGUGGUAAACUAUGCUUAGUGCCAAUAGUAAGUGGCCAUUCGUAAAGCAGUGUUUUAGCUUUUCUUGUGCUGGUUUGUAAUUUAAGGAGAAAAGUGCUGUUUUUUAAAAUGAAAAAAAAAAGGUGUAGUUUCCGCCUUACGUACGUUUUUAAAGCUUCAUCUUAUAUCCAGGUCCCAAAAUAUUGCAUACUUACUUAAGUUUUUUUUUCUUUUUUUUUUUUUU